AUGUACAACGACUUGUAUGCUCGAAGUUUCGCCAUUCCACACCAGGAAGCCUAUAUGGGCGACGCAAGCAUGACCCAUGCUCUUUUUGGUCAGCUCAAGCAGGACAUUCUCGGCCAUCUGAAGCGAUUGUACAAGAAGGCCAGCAAGCGGGUUGGCACUUACAAGGCUGCAAGGUUGCAUAAAGAUGAUCAUGUUGUUGGGUGGGUGCAUGCGAUGCGCGCCGUCUACGAGUGCUUGCAGCAAGCCAUGGCUUGGCGCGACAUUGUCAUAGUCGUUGCUGAAUAUCAGCGUCGGUUUCUCGACAUCUGGGCAGUCGAUACUAAAUGGAUGGGUUGUUUCACUCAAGAUGUCGCUAUUGCCACAAAGGUGCACGCUGCUGGAGUUCCUGUCUGGCUCAUUUGUGAUGUCAGACUUGUCAACUCAAACAUGAACAUCGUGAAAGUCAUUCCAUUCACACCACCCAAUGACCUCGUCAUCGGCAUGUACCACGAUCCCAUCAAACUCUUCGCUCAGCCAUUCGACAUCAUAGCCAGAGGUCCCAAUAAUCGCCGCCAUCACGAGGCCGCUCGUCAGCCAUAUUCCAACUUCGAGAAGCUGCCGGUUCCUAAACCCCAAGUGGAACAGCUGGCCAUGAAAGAUUCAUUGGUGGGAAAGGCUCGCAUAGACAAAGGAAAGGCAAAAGCGAAGGCAAAACCUGCGCCGUACGAUGUAACUGCUCCUCGUCAGAACAAAGCUGUUUCUGGUCGUGACAAGUGGUCUGAUAUAGAUCACCCUUACAUGCCCCCGAUAAAUUCUUUCUUCAAGAUCGCUUUGCAGGAUGCGAAUAAAGAAUUUCUCCGCAUCAAGCAUCCCAGGGAUCAAAUGGACGAUGGUUACUCGCUUCCUGAUCCAGGAUUGUUCGUCAAUGUUCUUUCCCUGCAAUCAUUGAUGAAGUACCUUGCCAACUGGCUGGCAUGCCGCCCAACCUGGCUAGAACGUGUCUACGAAGAAAGCCCUCGACCUCUUCCUCGUGCCCAGAACUGGCGUGACUUUUUGAUAUCUCAGCACGCUCAGGUUCCUGCGAAUCCGCAAACGUCCAGCAAGACCAGCAAGUCGAAAGCACUUACUGCUACCCUCUUCCAAAAGGAAGUUACAGUACUGCGGGCCUUGUGGGCAGGUCCCACAAAUGUUCAUUGGCGCGGAAAGGAUAUAGUUAUCUCCACUCUGGACAAUCCCCCUGCAGAUCUCGUGCGCCAGAUCACGUAUGAAAUCUGUGAGCAAAGCUUCCGAUAUGAACUUCUCGACCUUGAUGAACAUCUUGGGCGCGAUGCACAUAAGGACAAGGAGGCGAGGAAGGAACAGAUAGAACUUAUUCAUAGUAUUUUCCUGUCGAAAUCAUUGAGGGUUUGGAACAGGGACUUACCGGAAGAGAACGACGGACUCAAUGUGUCAUCUUUCGACGCUGCUCUACCAUACUUCGAAAGUUUCUGCAAGGUGUUGUCAACGUGGGAGCACUUUCCCGAGUCCCUCAAACAGCCCCUCGAUGCUACCAGAUGCGAGCACAACAUGUGGAAGGGGAUGAAGGAAUGCUGUUGCUUCUACGUCCAGUCGUAUUUCGACAAUACUGGCCGUCCACCUAUUGUACCUCAUCUACUGUAUUCGGUCACGUAG